CGUCCAGCGCCGAUCCAAGGAAUCCCCGUGCGGACCUCCGAAGGCUUGUGCUCAUGCAGGCUUUUGUUCUUCUAGAGCUAGAGGGGCUCGACGCGCUCGCGGAGGCCGGCGAUGUCGCCGGGGCAGACUCUGCCAUGCGGCGGCUGCAGCGGACGCAGGCCCUCAGCGCCUCGGAGCACAGGCUGCUCUUCAACCUGGCCAUCAAGGCGUGCGCCAACGCAGGGGACCAUCGGGCCGCCGAGCGCUACUUCGGGGAGAUGGUGCAGAGGGGCACCACGCCCAACAGCCGCACGUUCGGCAAGAUCAUGGAGGCUUGCGCAAACGGCGGGUAUAGGGAGGGGGCCGAGCGCUGGUUCUCCAAGGAGCACGACGUCGGCUUCGAGGCCAACAUGGCGCACUACAACAUCCUCAUGAAGAGCGCCGUCGGGACGCAGGACCUGAGCGCCGCCGAGCGGUGGAUGCACCGCGCACGCGUCGCGGGGCUCGAACCGGACGCCUUCAGCUUCGCCACGCUCGCGCAAGUGGCGGCGGGCGCGGGUGAUGCCCCCGCAGCGGACCGGUGGCUCGGCGAGGCGAUCGCGGCGGGCGUGGACACCAGCGGCUGCGUGUCGGCCAUCGUCUGUAUGUCUUCGCGCGAGGGGGGCGAUCCGUCAGCCUGGGCGGCCUGCCUGGAGCGCCUGCGCGGGCUCGGCGUCCAGCCCGACGACAGGACGUACGCGGCGAUCGUGGAGACCUGCGCCAGGCAGGCCGGGCUGGCCGCUGGCGAGUUCUGGCACGGCCGCGCCUGCGAGGCUGGGGCCGCGCUGCCGGAGGCAGCCUUCAGGGCCCUCAUCGAGGCGGCCGCGAGGCAGCGCGACUUGCCGGCUGCUCUGCGCUGGCUGCGGGCGCUGGAGGACGCCGGCCUCGCGGCGGGCCCCGGGGCCUACGGCGCUGCCAUGGGCGCCGCGGCGCAGGCUGGCGACCUGGCCGCCGCGGAGGCGCUCCUCGAGAGGGCCAGGCGGGCGGGCAUGGAGCUGACGCUCCUCAUGCUGAACCAGCUCAUCAACGCCGCGGCGCAGCGGGGCGACCUGGCGGCGGCGGAGCAGUGGUUCGACAGGGGAGCCGAGGCUGGCACCAAGCCAGACCUCGUGAGCUUCAACACUAUCAUCAAGGCCGCGGCCACCAGGGGCGACCUCUCCUCCGCGGAGCAUUGGUUCGAGCGAGCCGUCGACGCAGCCGUCCAGCCUGACGUGUUCACUUUCGCGUCGGUCAUCGGCGCGGCGGCGAAAGAGGCGAAUCUUCCCGCCGCGGAGCACUGGGUCAGGCGUGCGGAGGAGGAGGGCGUCCGUCUCAACGUUGUUGCCUACGGCGGCAUCGUGCGCGCCGCGGCCCGCAGCGGCCAGCCGGACGCCGCCGCUGCCUGGCUCGCGCGAGCCCGCGAGUCUGGGCUGGAGCUGAACACGGCAGUGUACAACGCACUGGUCGACGCGCUGGCGCAGUCGGGCAAGAUGGCCACUGCCGAGCACUACUUCGAGGAGAUCGAGGGCGCCGGGCUCCAGCCGGACAUCCAGUCCUUCGGGGCGCUCAUCAAUGGCUUCGCCCGCCGGGGCGACUUCGACCUGGCGCUCAAGUGGUUCGAGGAGAUGGAGCGCAGGGGCAUCAGACCAACCGUCAUCCAGUUCAACCAGAUGCUGAAGGCGAGCGCGAGGUCCAGGCCACCGCGCCCAAACUUCGCGGAGGCGCUGUUCCGCCGCAUGCUGGCAUCGCAGGAGCAGCCCACGCCUGUCACGCUGAAGUCGCUGGGGCGGUGCGUUGGCCGUCACCGGCUCUCGGACCUCUGCUCGGAGCUGGGCAUCGACGAUAAGGCCCUCUGGGAGUCCGACUUCAGCUCGAAGCGCCAGAAGCGGCAGGUCCGCCCGCCAGCGCGGCCGCGGUCUGGCUUGCCUGCCGGUGGCGCCGAGACUCGCUGCGGUCUGGAGGGGGAUGAGCACAAAGA